CGAACUCAAUCAUGUCGACGAGCAGAGAUGCAUGCUAAACUGCGAACAGAAGCGCAUGCUAAACUCCUGCAGCCAGGUACUGUUUCUUAAUACUCGAUAACAAUGUGGUUAAUGUAGUCAAAAAUUCUUGUCGUGGACCUCCUAAAAAACGAUAUUAGGUUUCCUUAUUGUAUGAAAUCACGAUCACAAAUCCCAAUUGAUGAAUAUUACUUACUUCUUCCUAGAAGUCUUUGCCACUUCACACGGAUGACAACAUUAUCAUCUUCCAGGUAGUUGUACUGAAGCUUAUCUUAUGUUUAUGCUGACCGUUGCUGGGAGUCGUGGGUCGUUAUUUCUAGCAGAUCUUGACCUAGUGGACCGAGGACACACACUUAUUGUUAUUUUCUCGAAGAGAAGCAUAAAGUUAAAAGUCUAAGACUUAGAUAAAAGAAGAAGUCUAACGCUUAGAUCCACUUAUUUCGUGCGGUGCCUGGUGUGAAAGAACUACACGAAGAAUAUGAUAUAGUUUAAUGAUUAUCCUCUAUGUCAUCGUCUGGGAAACGUAAUGGGCGUAACAAGUAUUUGCAUAGCAUUGCACAGUAGGUUAUCGUUGACGUACAGCAAGAACACCAUGCAUCAUCUCUUUUUUUACCUGUCAUAUCAUUAGCAACUGAACAAGAAUUAACGAUGGUUAGAAUUUCUGACGUAAUGACGUAGCUAAUACUAAAAAUUUGCGUCGCAUUAUAAUUCAGUUUACUAGUGCAACUAGAUGAUCAAUUAAUCAUAUAGUCUUAUCUUCAUAAUUAUUUUCAAUUGCAUACACAUCCAUUCAACGAAAACGAGGAGUACCGAAAUCACAAAGCCACUUAUGGCAUCAAUUAUAUCACACAUGAUCUGAACCCUUAUUCAGAUCAACUACAUGCUUCCCACAAAAGUCCUUAUUCAUAAAAAGACAAAAAAACAAGUAGCCCCAUAUCUCCCAGUUAAGUAUAUCUAUGAUUACCUUCAACAUAUGUCUCCCUUGACAACAAUUAGUCGCACAUUGUAUAAAAACUAUGUAGAAGAAGAAUUGUAGUUUUCAUCAGUAAGGAGGUAGUUGUACUAGUACAGCUCCAUUAUGUUCAUUGCAACUGCAUGAGUGCGAUCUUUCGUUUGCCCGCAUCUGUGGGCUAUCCUGGUCAGGGCGAAGAUGGAUUUAGUAGUAUGUAGUUUUCAUAAGUAAGGAGGUGGAAUUUUUGUAGUAAGUACUAGCUAAGUCCUGGCACAACUACAAUUCCAUAUUUAUUGCUCACUACAUCAACAAGGACAUCAUGGGUGCGAUCUGUCUGCCCGUAUCUGUGGGUUAUCCUGGUCAGGGCGAAGAUGGAUUUGGUAACCGUGGCGACCUUCUCUCUUUUUGACUACAACAUUAAGUCUUCUUCUAAUAUUUACUUCUCACACCUUAUAAUAUUCGUUGUAAGUAGUAGUACAACUAGGUAGCUGUAGAGAAGUACAGCUAGUUGUAGAGAAGUAUCUUCCUCCAUAGUUUUCUCGACCGGCCGUCUGAGUAGUAGAGCUACUUUUCCUCAUUUACCUCUACUACGAGACGUCGACCAGUGCAUUGUUGCUAAGAAACCUCAACAGCCUAAUGGGAGAAUUCUGUUGUAUGGACAGUCUUCAGGGAUGAAAAGAUGCACAACACAAAAAC